CACUAAUAACAAUUGUUCACAAUACCCUGUAUGAUGCUGUCACGAGUGCCAGCAAGCGAUACGCAUGGGUCCGAGAUGUGAAUCGAAUCACUGGCGAUGAUUCACUUGCGGAAGCUCAGUAGCUCUAACCGAGAGCUGACAUGACAGAUGUCAUGAUUGCGAGGGUAAAUGUUAUACCACCUCAGCACAUGAUGGCAAGGCAGACAAUGAACAGACAGCUGGCAAGACUUGCAACCUUUAGGCUGCUGAGCAACUGUGAUCCCUACCAUCCUGUGCUGUUGGCUGCUGCUGGCCUGUACUACACUGGCACAGGGGACAGUAUCCAAUGCUAUUCUUGCUGUGUCGUGCUGUCAGGUUGGCUAACACAAGGGAUAGACCCAGUGCAGAUGCAUCAGCAGAGCACACCCAACUGCCCGCAUCUUCAAGGGCUAGACCUGAGCAAUGUGGCGGUCAGCACACCAGAUUCUGUUACCUGUACCACUGUUGGAGAACUCAUGAAGCACAAGUAUUUGUUGUUGAGGGACCCUGCCUCAUUUUCUUCCGCAGCUUGCAGAAGUCUGCAUGAAGUGGGAGGCAGUGAAGAACAGAUUAUGAGUGCUGGCAGUGACCUGGAUUCUCACCCUUCAGGUUUUCUUGCAGCCUCUGCAACUGGUGGCACUGACUGGGGUAGCCCUGUUACUGUAGCAGAUGCUAUUGGAGAACCCUCACAGGUUGCCAUUAAUACUGGUGUGGACUGGGAAGUGUGCAAGACAUCUGUGACGGAACGGCUGAAAACUUUUGAGCACUGGCCAGUAACGGCUCAGGCUCAUCCAGCAGAGCUGGCUGAGGCUGGCUUUGUAUAUACUGGCACCCAAGACAGGGUACAGUGUGUUUUUUGUGAAGGAUUUCUGCGCAAUUGGCAAGUAGGUGAUGUGCCUUUGGUGGAGCAUGAGCGGUUUUUCCCAUCCUGCCCAAUGGUGAGGCACAGCCAAUCGGAAAGUCCUGUCCCUUCUCUAAAUGUGGCAGUCUGCAUUCCCAGCAUGCCUCGUAGUCACAGAACCCCUCCUCUUCCCAUGUCUAUGCCACGAACAAGUACUCCAGAAUUACCAACAGGUGUAGAUGAAGGAGCUCUUGCAUUGCUGCCUCCAACUUUGGAAGCCACUGGCAUCGUAACAGAGCGACCCAAGCAUCCUAACAUGGCUGUAGAAGCCGCCAGGUUUGCCUCAUUUAGAAAAUGGCCUCCAGGAAAAACACAGACUCCACAGCACCUGGCAAAAGCAGGAUUUUUCUAUGCAGGCUUCAACGAUAGUGUCAAGUGCUUUUUCUGUGAUGGUGGCCUUCGUAACUGGGAGUGCGAUGAUGAUCCUUGGCAUGAACAUGCUCGGUGGUUUCCCAAAUGUAAAUAUGUUCGCCAGGUGAAAGGUGAUCACUUUGUUGAACAAGUUCUUGCUGAGGAAGCUGAUAAAGUUCAGCAGACAGCUACAUUUGAUGGAGGUGGGAGGGGAAACUCACCUGGCAGGAAGGAUGGUGUGCGUCAGAGGAGCGCUAGCAUGGGCAGUGCCAGUGCUGAGAGUAGGCGCACAGUGGAGCAGCGGGAAGUAACUGCCCGCAUGGAUACACCUGUCGUCAGAGCUGUCCUCAGCCUUGAUAUUCCUCAAGAACUUGUGCGGCGUGCAAUUGAGCAACGGCUGAAAAGCACAGGUGAUGACUUUCCCAACAUGGAGACAUUGCUGGAGACUGUAUUUGAGAUUAAUCCUACAAAUGCUGGGAAUCUUGGAGGUGCAAGACAAGUGGGAGAAUUACAGGAAGGAACUGGAGCUCCAAGGUCCUUGCUGGAGGAGAAUAGGCAACUAAAGGAGCAACGCACUUGCAAAAUUUGUAUGGACGAGGAAGUGUGUGUUGUGUUUGUGCCAUGCGGGCAUCUUGUGUGUUGUGCAACCUGCGCACCACCACUGAGCAAGUGUCCUAUUUGCCGAUCAACUAUUCGUGGUACUGUCCGCACUUACAUGUCGUGAUGCAAGAUAUACAGACAAUUUUGAAGUUUACUUUUACAACAGCUUCUGAUAGAACAGAUGUAUUUGGACUAUUUUUAAAUUUCUUGUAGACCAUUUAAAAUUGUUUAUUAGAGAUAUUCAUGUAUUUGGCUGCAUAAUACGAUGCUUUAUCAGUUUUGAAUGUGUUGUAUGUAAGGUUACGAGAAGAUAAAUUAUAGCAGUGGUAUGGAAAUACCAUAGUACUAACAAUACUACAAAGAAAUAUGAGAGAGCAGUAAUUUGUAAUUCAUUUGUAUUUAUGUCUGGAAGUAUGAUACAUAAAUUAUUGAUUCAUGAAUGUUUGUAAUUGAUAUACUUUUGUGUUGUACAUUAUGAGCAAUACUUCGGUUCUGGGAGAAGUGAGUUUAUUCUUUAGAUAUGGUAUGAAAUAAAUCAAUUUUUCUUUGAAAUGCAUAUUGCUUGAACACUGUUGGUACCCAUUUUGUGCUAUGUAUACUAAAUUGUAAUGGGACUCAAAAAUAAAUUAGUACUUUCCUUC